AAUGAGAUGAACAUAAAACUGCUUUCGCAAUAUAAGUUAUAAUUAAGAACCGACCACAAGUUACGAGAGAAAAAACUAUAUUAAAAAGAGCAAUUCAGCGAUCAUACUUCAGCAGACAUAUCUAAAAAGAGCAAUUCAGCAAUCAUACCUCUGGAGACUUUGCAAGCACUUUACAAUUCACAGAACAGAUAUCAAGCACAAUAGUGAUUCACAGUUGACUACAGAGCAAACAAUGGCAGCAGCUGACAAGAUGAUGAAGAAUGUGUUACUGAAGACUCUAGUGAUGUUCAUCAUGUACCAAGUGACCAUCCAAUCCCCUGAUGCCACAGUGCUAGAUAUGAGCAGAAGAGGCCAUACAAAACUAACAGAAGGCAUGUUCAAGGAAUAUUCCAAUCUUAAACGUCUCUAUCUGAAUGAUACUGUUAUUACUCAAAUUGAACCAGGUGCUUUCUCUGGUUUAGAAUCAUUGGAAGAACUGUAUUUGGUUAAUAAUACUCUGACAAAAAUACCAGAUGGAAUAUUAACUAACUUGGCAUCACUGAAAACUCUUUAUAUUUCCAAAAAUAAACUAUCAACAUUACCAGUUUGCAUAUUCAGUACCCUGACAUCACUGACCAGACUUAUCCUUGCCAAUAAUGAACUACGAACAUUACCAGAUGGCAUAUUUAGUAGCUUGACAUCAUUGACCGUUCUUUCCCUCGCCAAUAAUAAACUAAUAACAACAUUACCAGAUGAAAUAUUCAACAGCCUGACAUCAUUGACUGGUCUUUUCCUUCACUCUAAUGACCUAACAAUACUACCAGGAAACAUAUUCAGUAAAUUGACAUCACUGACCAGUCUUGACCUAGGCUUAAAUGACCUAACAAUAUUACCAGUUGACAUAUUCAAUAGCUUGACAUCACUGACCAGUCUUGGCAUUUACCAUAAUAGAUUAACAACAUUACCUGUUGACUCUAAUGACCUAACAAUACUACCAGGAAACAUAUUCAGUAAAUUGACAUCACUGACUAGUCUUGACCUAGGCUUAAAUAACCUAACAAUAUUACCAGCUGACAUAUUCAAUAGCUUGACAUCACUGACUACUCUUGACAUUCGCUAUAGUAAACUAACAACAUCACCAGAUGGUAUAUUCAAUAGCUUGACAUCACUGACAGAACUUCACCUUAGUAGGAAUGAUCUAACAAUAUUACCUGUUGACAUAUUCAAUAGCUUGAUAUCACUGACUACUCUUGACCUUUGUUAUAAUAAACUAACAACAUUACCAGAUGGCAUAUUCAAUAGCUUGACAUCGUUGACUACUCUUGACCUUCGCUAUA